UCCCUGCUGCUUCCCGGACUAAUCGCUCUGGCCGGGUCUUUUGGACAAAGCAUGAACCCCGGACGCGACAUUGUGAUAGGACUGUUACGCCAACGGUGCAUGCGCGCCUGGACAAUCGUGCAGUAGCAUCCGCAAGGGCAGUCAUUUUUUAUGCCUUUCAUCCUCUCAGUUAAUUUACUUUUUUUCGGAGGAUUUUCCCUUCGAGCCGGGCGUUGCACGCCAGAGGUGGGGCCGGAGCAAUUGGAUCGAUCGUCCCGUUCGUCACCUGCAUGCACGCGUGCAUCCACAUGAGGUCUCUGCUUUCCAAGGUUGUUGUCUCCACACCUGGGCAGUCAAUCAAUACCUGUGCCUCGUCUCCUCCAUUGUGCAGUGGUGGCUUUGUCGGCUCUCGUUAUCAUUGCCAGUACUGCAUCCUCUGGAUCCGGCAUAUCCAUGACCAUGAUGAUCGUGAUGAUCCCUCGCAAGUGUCUCGUGCUCACUGUGGUUCCACAUCUCCAUCUCCAUUCACACAUGUGCAUCCCUGUCGGAAAAACUUCCAGAGGAGCAAGCCGAUAGAAAUGUCAGCUCGUACGUGCACCUCCGGCGGCGAUCCGCCCAGUUCGAGGAGAGCUGUCCUGGUGCGUGUCUCGUUGCAUGAGGACUAUUGGACUGUAGAGUACAUGCCAGCAGCUCUCGAAUCACACCACUGUACUUCUGAGACGACUGUAUCACUGUCGGGUACCGCCGUCUACCACCUGCUGUACUGUCCUGCACAUCCAUUAUCAUCACCCAGGUCACGUCACCGAACUCGACGCCCAAGGAAGGGGGGCGCGCCUGAAGCGGCACCACCAAACACAGCCUACUGUACCCGAUGCAUCGUGUAGUCACAUCCGCCCACCAAAUGGCACUAACAAUUGGCAAGGUUUUCAAGUACCGCGCCCAUCGUCCCACGCGCGUCCACAUCUCCUCCUCCAGCUCGUCGACCGGCGCCAUUUCAGCAACAUACGGUGGAGACACCCAAUCCAU